AUGAAUCAGUUUCGCUCGGGUCACAAAUGGCUCAAGGGAAAGCUCCGAGGACGUUUCCAGAGAGCUCCGAAAGAGAAGAAACUCGUCAUUGGACAUCCAACUGAUUUUCGUCGUGAGAACAUCACUCUGGGAACAGACGUCGAAGGAAACACGGUACUUGUGGAAAAGGCUCGAGAGGACGCCCAAGCGAUGCACCUUGCCUCGAAGACACAGUCCCUGGAGAACACAGCUUGA